CUCUUCUAAAAAGCCUGAGCAUCUUGUUACAUUCAGAAACCCGGUCAUCGUCCGUCAUGGCUAGCAUCAUUGCGCGCGUGGGUAACAGCCGGCGGCAGAACGCACCCUUGCCGCCUUGGGCCCAUUCUAUGCUAAGGUCCCUGGAGAGAAGUCUUGGUCCUUUAAUGGCCAACAUGGCAGAGAGAAACAUGAAGUUGUUCUCGGGGAGGGUGGUGCCAGCCCAGGGGGAAGAAACCUUUGAAAACUGGCUGACCCAAGUCAAUGGGGUCCUACCAGAUUGGAAUAUGUCUGAGGAGGAAAAGCUCAAGCGCUUGAUGAAAACCCUGAGGGGCCCCGCGCGGGAGGUCAUGCGUUUGCUGCAGGCGGCCAACCCCAAUCUAAGUGUGGCAGAUUUCUUGCACGCCAUGAAAUUGGUGUUUGGGGAGUCUGAAAGCAGUGUGACCGCUCAUGGUAGAUUUUUUAACACCCUGCAGGCACAAGGGGAGAAAGCCUCCCUUUACGUGAUCCGUUUAGAGGUGCAGCUCCAGAAUGCUAUUCAGGCAGGGAUCAUAGCUCAGAAAGAUGCAAACCAGAGUCGCCUGCACCAGCUCCUUUUAGGGGCUGAGCUGAAUGGGGACCUGCGCUUCAGGCUGAAGAAUCUUCUCAGGAUGUAUGCAAAUGAGCAGGAGCGUCUCCCCAGUUUCCUGGAGUUAAUCAGAAUGAUAAGGGAGGAAGAGGAUUGGGAUGACACUUUUAUUAAACGGAAGCGGGCCAAGAGAUCUGAGUCAAUGGUGGAGAGGGCAACUAGCCCAGUGGCAUUUGGGGGCUCCCCACCCAUAGUGAUCGGUAAUGCCGACUGCAACGUGAUAGAGAUAGAUGAUACCCCCGAUGAUGACUCAGAUGAGGAUGUGAUCCUGGUGGAGUCUCAGGACCCUCCACUUUCAUUCUCGAGUUCUCCUCCCCCCAGACGCAGGGCCAGACCUCGGAAUCGAGUGCUAGUCAUUGAUUCCCCCAACAAUUCCCGGGCUCAAUCUCCUUGUACCAGCGGGGGUUCUGGGUAUAAGAAUGAUGGUCCUGGGGAUAUGCGUAGAACCAGGAAGCGAAAAUACACAAUCCGCUGUUCGUACUGUGGAGAGGAGGGCCACUCAAAGGAAACCUGUGACAAUGAGAGCAACAAGGCCCAGAUGUUUGAGAACCUGAUUAUCACCCUGCAGGAGCUGACACAUACCGAGGAGGAGGGGUCAAGAGAGGCCCCUGGCGAACCCAGUGACCCUUCUGAGCCACAGUGAGGUGCUAGUCCCCAGCUUUAAAUGAACCCUAACCUAUAUACAGAGUGCAGCAAUGGGAGAAAUGGCGGGUGGUGGUUCUAACUGCAUGAAUUAAUCCACAAGGUGGCUUUCUUUUGGGGUGGAAGACAAAGGGUCUUGAAUAUUAGCACAGUGGAGGGAGAUGGCCUGACCUCCGUCCUUGCUUCCAAUCCCCUGCUGCCCAAGGUCUACCUUCUGUGUGUGCCCCUUUCCUUGAUGGCUUUAUUCUCUUUGUGAA